AUGACCAAUAGACCUCGAUCUCUGCCGCCAGCAUCAACUACAACCCGCGUCACGCGCAGUAGCAACGCCAACAACCCGCCAUCUGGCAACCUUAUUGCCGUUCACCGCACCAGCACCAGGACAAGCAGAUCGAAUCCCACCAGCACCGCCAUAACCGCUACCACCACCUCCUCCUCCCAUGCACCAUCACGGUCCGUCACCGUCAUCUCCGCCGGCUCGCACCUCGCCGCGCAGGCCGAAGCCCUCGCCAAGAUGACUCUGGAGAUGCACCUGCGCUGCGUCAGCAAGCAGGCCAGCCGGCUGGAGCGUGACCUGCAGGCCCUCGUGCAGACCACGAAGGACGACGCCGCCUUUCGUGCCCAGCACGAGGCUCGCCUGCAGGACAUGUGGAAGGAGAUCCUCGCCGUCAAGGCGCAUGCCGCGCAGGACCGCGACACCAGGCACCUCGCCGACGCCGAGUGCCGCACCGAGACGACCCGCGUCAUGGACGAGAUGCGCGCCGAGCUGACGGGCGUCAAGACCAUGAUCGGCAGCCUUGCAGCCACGCUCGCCGAGAUGCCUUCGGCUGAGCAGAUGCAAGCGGCGCUCAGCCAGAGCAGCGACGGCGACGCAUCACGCGAUCGACAGGAAGGCUUGGACCAGGGGCCGCAGCGUCGAUCGUUAUCGGAACCGUCAUCGUCUUCCGUGCAUGCGCGCAUCCAAGAUGCUGUCAAAUCAACACGGCGCUGGCACAGGGACCACAAGACGACGCGAUUGUCUGAGGGAGCGUUCUGCGCCGGAUAUCUCCGGCAGCAGUCGAAGAGGGACCCUCAAAUGGCCCUGUUCUUGCAGCGAGCCGUUCAGCGGCGCGUACAAGCCCGCUUCCCCGGCCGCGCGCUACGCCCGCGCAGCCUCGAUGAGUUCUGCGCCGUGGUUCGCUGGGAAGACGUCGAGGCCGUCGUACAGGAUGUGCUCCUGCGCGACACUACCGACGUGGUGACGGCGUUACGCGGGUGA